CCCUUAGAUAAACACCUGAGGCAAGCUCACUGCUUUCUCCUUCAAAGCCUCCUGCAGCUCGACCAUUAUUGAAUCAAUACCUAAGAACAUUGAAUCAACCAAUUCGUUCUGCUAAACUGGAAGAGAAAACUCACUGGCGCCAGAAUAACAAUCUUCAGACUUCAUAUUAAUGCACUGAUUCUCUCAAUCAGUCCUUUUCCUAUUGGAAACCCCCCAAAAACAGCGGUCAAAUUGCAGCAAUUUAGGUGUUUCCAAGUAAGAGGAAAACCAAUUGCAACAGGAAUUGAGGAGUGCAGGAGAUAGGAGAGUGUGUGGAUUAGAUAGAGAAUCAGUGGAUGGGUUGGGCUGGAGGCUGGACGAGGAAAGUUUCAUAAUGUAUCGCCAAAUUUCAACUCUUACACAGAAUAGCAUGAAAUCUGCUCCUUUAAGCUCUGUUUGCUCUAAUUUCUAUGCAGCAAAGUUUCACUUAUUGAGAUUGUAUCACUCAAUGACCGAAGCUGAGAAACAGUCGAAACUAUCGAUUCCUAGACAAGAUUACUCGCUCAAACAAGACGUGGCUAGGGCUAACUGUACGAUCACAUGCUUAUGCGAAGAGGGGAAGAUUCGUGAAGCGCGCCAACUGUUUGAAGUAAUGCCUGAAAGGGAUGUGAUCUCGUGGACGGCGCUGAUCUCGGGAUACAUGAAGUGUGGUCUGGUCGGAGAAGCGCGGGAGCUUUUCGACAGGGUUGAUGCUGAGAAAAAUGGAGUUACUUGGACGGCUAUGAUAUCCGGGUACUUGAAAAUGAAUAGAGUUGCCGAGGCAAAGAAGCUUUUCGACGAAAUGACGGAGAAGAAUGUGGUGGCUUGGAACACUAUGAUUGAAGGGUAUGUCCGAAGUGGCGAGAUUGACCAGGCGUUGCUGCUGUUUGAGAGGAUGGGAGAGAGGAACAUCCUUUCUUGGAACACGGUGAUCUCGGGGUUGGUGAGCUGCGGGAGGGUGGAGGAGGCGAGGGGGAUCUUCGACCGGAUGUCUGUAAGGAAUGUGAUUUCUUGGAACAUUAUGAUAUCGGGAUUGUCAAGAUAUGGGAAGGUAGAUGAAGCUAGAUUGCUCUUUGAUAGGAUGCCUGAGCGUAGUGUUGUGUCUUGGAACGCGAUGAUCACUGGUUUUAUGCAAAAUGGCGAGCUGGAGAAGGGGAGGAGGUUGUUUGAUGAGAUGCCGGGGAAGAAUGUGGUUUCUUGGACUGCUGUAAUAAGCGGAUACACGCAGUGUGGCAGAAGCGAGGAAGCUUUGAGAAUGUUCUACGAGAUGAAUAGGAGUCUAAGGGUGAAGCCUAAUGAAGGGACAUUUGCGAGUGUUUUGGGAGCUUGUAGUGACUUUGCUGGUCUUGUUGAAGGAUUGCAAUUGCAUCAAGUAAUAAGCAAGACUGUAUACCAAGAGAGUGAGUUUGUGAUCUCAUCACUUAUCAACAUGUAUUCGAAAUGUGGAGUAGUGGCGAUGGCUAGAAAAGUGUUUGAUCACGGGCUGAGGCGCUGCAGAGACUUGGUCUGCUGGAACUCCAUGAUCUCUGCCUAUGCUCACCACGGAUGUGGAAGGGAUGCGAUCAUGGUGUUUGAGGAGAUGCGGAGGAGGGGUUUCAAGCCAAACGAGGUCACCUAUGUUGGUUUGCUCUCUGCUUGCAGCUAUGCCGGUUUAGUACAGGAAGGGCUGGAUUACUUUGAAAUGCUUUCUCGAAACAAGUCUAUAAAAGUGAGGGAAGAGCAUAACACGUGCAUAGUCGAUCUGUAUGGCCGAGCAGGGAGGUUAAAGGAGGCGUUCGAGCUUAUGAAGAAGCUUGGUGGUGGUAGAGCAUCAGUAAAUAGUUGGUGCACACUUCUGUUGGGAUGCAAGAUUCAUGGGAAUGAUGAGAUAGGAAAACAGGUUGCUGAGAAACUUCUGGAUGUGGAAACAGAAGGAAAUGCAGGCACUUAUGCGCUCGUGUCUAGCUUAUACGCUGCUCGAGGGAGGACAACGAAGGCUGAGAUGGUGAAGCUGAGGAUGAAGCAGGAGGGGCUCAAGAAACAGCCUGGUUGCAGCUGGAUUGAUGUUGGGAACAAGUUUCAUGUUUUUGCUGCUGGGGAUAGAUGUAAUGAGUUUUUAAUCAUUGAUCUUCAUGAGAAAAUGAAGAAUAUUGGUGAUGGUGACAUGCUACUUGGUAGUGAAUGACGGAGGAUAUUGCAAUACUGAAAUCCAAGAGAUGAACACAAUUUGGAUAAUAAA